AUGUGGAAUGCACUCCACUCAACAUCAAACUGGAAGACACUAGCCAACAAAGUUUUGUCUGUUGCGGUCUCUCCUGAUAGCUCAUGCAUUGCUGCAGCAGGCAGGGACAAGGCAAUCUAUAUGUUCAAUGUGCCUGAUGGCACUGCUACUCUCAAGCCGCUUAUGGUACACACCCAUUUGAUCAGCUUGGUGGCGUUCUUGCCUGAUGGCAGGUACCUUGCUUCUGGCGGCGCUGACUGUGUCAUCUGUCUGUGGGAUACCACAAGCGGCAAGCUACUAUUCAGUUCACUCCUAGGGCAUGAAAGACAAGUUUGGUUGGUUUUGUUCUCACCCAAUAGUAGGCUCAUUGCCUCUGCCUUGGAUGACAAGACCAUACAAACCUGGGAUGUAGACAAUGGGAUUCUGACACCUAUGGACCAAGUUGGAACACACAAGGAAGAUGUCUACUCAGCAGCGUUCUCUCCCAAUGGCAAGAGCAUUGUUUCUGGCUGUAAAGAUGGGAAGAUCCAGAUGUGGGACGCGCAGGCGCUGUCACUCCUAUUUGAUCCAUUUGGAUUGCAGUGGCAUAAGGGCAGUAUCAACUUGGUCACGUUCUUGCCUGAUAGCAGACUCAUUGCUUCUGGGUCAAGCAAUAACACCAUCUGCGUGUUUGACUUGCGCAGUGGCAAUCUAGUGUUGGGUCCUCUCAAGGGGCAUGAGGGAUCAGUUCUGUCAGUUAUGUUCUUGCCCAACGGCAGUCACAUUGUAUCUGGCUCAUCUGAGGGGAGCGUCUGGGUGUGGAGGGUGAAAGAUGGAGGGCCUGCGUGCAAGCCACUUUGA